UUUUCAGUACAGUUCCAUUUUGAAUAUAGCACGAAUCUCUUCAAGGCCGGAGAAGCAAACCCAAAUGGCGACCGUUGUUGAAGAAAGCGAACAUCUAAACUCAGAAACUGGCAAAGAUUUACAAGCAAAACACAUUAAGCCUUGUUUAGAUUCCGCUGACAAAAGGAAACGUAUACAAGGGGAGACAUCUAAAUUAAGAGGAGAACGACAAGUACAUAGCACAAACCAAAAAGGCUUAAUUGGACAUAGCAAUUUAUACCCUACCCGAUAUCCGAUUGAUUGGAGACCAACACGUGUUCCACAAGAUGAUGACAGGCGUCAAAAACAAAUCCGAGAUGCAAAAGGCGAUUUUGGGGAAUGCAUUCAGAUCGGAAAACCCAUUCGCGAGACAGAGGUGCUUAAACAACAGCUCGAUCCUCUGGAGAGACUGUCGGCAAUAGAGUGCCCGUCACCCCCGCCACUUCCACCCAGGGCGUCAAGGUCAAGGUUACACGAGGACUCUGUCGAGGGACUUUCAUGUUUAAAUGAACCAGAUUCUCAGACAGGAAAUGGAAAUGAUACAUUAUCAAAUAACGUUCGGCCAAGUGUUCUAGGGAGUAUUGUUGUAGAUGACAGCAAUGUCCGGUCGCCUUCGCUGAGAAAACGGGACGCCAUGAUGAGAAGAUAUAAUUCUGCGUUCACGUUGCCCGUUGGGAAUAUGCGGGUUGAUCAGAAUAAAAAUAAUGUGUCGGGCUCUAAGGACAGUUUAAUAUUUACAGACAAUGGAUAUAACGACGAAUCACGCAGUGCUCAGCACACAGGAGAGAGACCUCAUUCAAAUUACAUGUCAAACGGUAUGUCGUUUAAUGCCACCGAUGACAAUGAUACUAUCGGACAUCAGGGACUUGAUCAGUUUGACAUAGUUGGGGAAAGUUACGAAGCCAGAUAUCCUUGGCAACGUGACAUUUCCACGCAGUGUGAUUUCCCUGGGUAUAGGGACAGCCUCAGUAGCUGCGGGAGCGGAACUAGCGACGGAAACAGCGUGCCUUCUCCUGGUGCUUCCAAUUGCAUGUGCAAGACGUUUCAGGACAGUGACUCGCCAAGGUCAUCAAGGCGUUCAUCAGCUGAUAACGUCGCUCGGCGUUCGCCAACGGACAACGUACGCCGGAGACACCUUGGAUAUAGGUCAAGGAGACCUCACUCAAUGACUAGUUUAGAGUCGGGGCAAAUUCCAAUAAAUUCGGACAUGUAUCGUUCGGACACCAACCUGAACAGACAUCAGCGUCCCCAUGCCCGGACGUCAUCGGAUCCGGCCAUGCUGAACGUGCUCAACAGAAAGCGAAUGCCUCUCCUCGUCGCCGAUGACCCUGGAUCCGUAUCCGAUCUGGAAUCCAUCAUGGAAAACCCAGCCGACAGUGUGUUCGAGAGUCAUCGAGCUAGAAGCCUAGACUGUGAGACCGCUGAUAUCACAGCUAACCUCGCUCAUCUACAGAGCGUCAGGGACGUCAAAUUGCGUGGCCGCUCAUUAUCAGCCUCCGUCAAUGACGUAGCAAUAAACGGCCUUAUCCCGACGACGUCUGUCAGCGACAGUUACCUUAACGUCCUUCCGUCACCUCGGGUAUCUCCGGAAAUGUUCCGUAACGUCCCGGAUGUCGUUGUUAACACUGAUCGGGGAAACGACGAUGUUGAAAGCUCCGCUGAUCGAGUGUCCCCAAGCUGGAAUGGCAACUACCUGUCCGUGCCGCGAAAGACCCCGCGACGGCGCAGUUCCGGAGGUAUAGCGAACGUCAACAGCGGUUCAGACGAGAGUGACCAGGAAAUGGCGCCUCCACCCGCGGCCCGCCGGGGCCGCAGAGCUGCCAUUGUCGACACAAAGAAUUUCGGGGACGUAUCUCCUACGAACCUGUCCCCGGACCUUUCUCCCAGCAACUCUUGUGACGAGGGUGAAACCGGCAGUAACAUCGCUGGUCGCAUGCGUCGGCGCCGUAGCUCUCUGGACGUAGCUAUGAACGUCUACCCUGGCGAUCUGCUUGUCCAGGAACACCACAAGAAACUCAUUAAGCGAAACACCAUCUCCGACUUCUACGCUGGUCGUAACGGGGCUAUUACUGCUGACGAUUCGAAGAAACAAAGACAACCUUUUUCACUACUUAAAUUAAUGAAGGCUCGGAGCAAAGAGUCUCUCCACCUGUCUGACGUGCUCAAGGAACUCAAACCUUCAGAGUUCAAAGACAAUCAUUUAGCGGCCUACAAGAAUGUUCACUGGACGGACCUAAUCGCAAGUUCAGACAAGCAGACGGGCGAGGCGGCGGAUGGCCUGGGUAUCUCGGAUAUGGAGCGAAAACGGCGCGAGAGCGUGUGGGAGCUGUUCAAGAGCGAAUGUGUCUUUCUCAUUGACCAUCUAAUGGUGCUUAAACAUUGUUUCCUUGAGCCGCUGAAGAAGGUCCAGGUUGAGGGCUUCCUCAUGUACACAGAGCCUUCUGAAAUAUUCUCAAAUAUAGACGAACUCUGCUACGUGAGCUACACGUUUUGUAAGGACUUCAUCGCCAUCCUGCUGAAAGACAUGAGCGGCACAGACUUUGGGUCCACGUCCGCCCUUAUAAAGGCCUUUCAACGAUUCUCAAACCAUUCCAAAGACGGCAGUGUGUAUCACAUAUACUGUCUCAACUAUUCCAACGCCUUGUCCUACUUGGAAAAGCUGCGGAAAAACGACGACUUCUGCGAAUUUGAAAAGUGGUGCGAGCAGGACUCGCGUUGUAACCGCCUGCAGCUGGUCGACCUCCUGAUAGGGCCGAUGCAGCACUGUACCAAACUUCCGCUGCUCCUGCAAAACAUUCAGAAGUACACGGAAGACCCGAUAGAGAAACAACAGAUUGUAGAAUCAAUACAGAAAGUAGAGACCUCAUUACGUCGUUUAGAGGAAAAGAUGAGAUGGUUGAAAAAUUUCGAACGAGUUCAGGAAAUCCAGCGACACCUUAUUUGGCCGUCCAUAUCAGAUCUUGACUCUAGAGCCUUUAUUCCGGAGUAUCUGCGGCCUAAGCUAUCCCGGCAGCCCUGUGAGCGGCUGUUAGCCUGCCCUUCUCGCCAGCUGCUGCACGAAGGGACCAUCACACUUGCAGAAUCGACAAAGUCAUUUGACGGCUAUAUGUUCUUGUUCGACGACAUUUUGCUCAUCACCAAAACAAAGAAACCUCACAGAAAAAAACAAUCAUCAUCGGACAUCCACAAUCCUACGGGUAGCGGGGACAAUCAGAUGUACACGGUGCACCGACAGCCAAUAGCACUGGACCGGCUUGGCAUCCACGACGUGCCACCACAUGAGGCUGCAGCUAACGGGUUAAAGUGCGCGUUCAUGGUCGUUCAGAUAAGCCGGUUCCAGCAGGUCAUAGAUGUGUUCACCAUACAGGCAAUCUCAGAGUCCGUAAAGGGAAUGUGGAUAUCACAAAUCCUCGACGCAAAAACCAACUGUCUCGCCAGAUGCGGCGGCCGCACCAACAGCUCAAAAGAAAACGACGACCCUGCGGCCUCGAAAAAAGGCCGACAUGGGAAGUCUUUAUCAAUCGACGCAGUAUUUUUGUGAUCCAGAGUGCUUGACUUUGUACCAUAGAUUAUAGUUUAUGACCUUUUUGUUUCAUGUAAACGCAGCCUUUUCUCAUGUAGGACGCUAAGAGCGAUUUUUUGGUUUCACGCUGUGUUAAAAGAAAUAUGGUUGGUUUUAUUGUCUUAUUUGUUCGGUUCAUGAAUAAUUCAUCCUAAGCAUUUUCGUUCUUUAUUGUUAUGUUUCUUUUGUCUUGAAUUUGGUAUUUUUUUACAGCACCAACAUAUCCUGUUAAGAACGCAUGGUUGUUGAAAUAUGUAUACGAACCUUACAAGGAAAAUGGAACAAAAGCGUCAUAAAUUAUUUUCUUGACAAUCUGUGAUAUGCUUUCGGAGAAAAUGAAACAAUGUAUGGUAUCUCUUUGUGCAUUUCUCUUGUUAUGUGUCUUUCAAUUUACCCUACUGUUGUUUACAAAUUGAAAUCCAAUUAUUGUGGCUAUAUAAAAUGUUAACUGUU